AUGGCAGAUGACAAUGGUAUCAUCACGCUAGGACAAGAUGGCACGAUCAGCAAAUGGACACGAAACAACCAGAACCAUUGGCAGUGGGCGAAGCUCCUCGAUGCGGGGAAGGAGGAAUCCAUCAGCUUCACCUACAACAGAGAUCGUCUUGCUGUUGCAUUUCCUCGCUUCGGUGUCAAGGUGUGGUUAUGGAUCAAAGGCACAUGGCAACCACAGCGGUCCAUACUUCGACAGAAUGUGACGUGUAUCAGGUUCGUCGAGGACGGCGAGGCAUUACUUGGAGGCACUAGCGACGGCGUAUUAUGGUAUUGUCAAGUGCCCAAUGGGACGCUCCGAGCCUACGCACGACACCUGGACGUCAGUCCGAACGGAACCCAGGCCCUUGUGUCUCAAGUAGGCGCUCGUGCACAUCUUGUAGGCAUUCAAGGAAUGGAUCGCAAAGGCAAAAUCGAGCAGGUAUAUGCGAUGAACGGAGACUCGAUAAGCGACGCAAAACAAUCCCCCCCUGCGGUGUUCGUCAAUGGUGGUCGUUCUGUGGUAUUUCAUAGCAGAGAUUCUUCCUGUCUGGUCUGGAACAAAGGGAAAGGCGAGGUUUUGAGUGGUCUGGAUCAUGGAGAUAGUACGUCAAUUAGGAUUUUUGCUCGGGGCUUUGACCGUGCAUCUCAUUCAUACAUCGUCACGGGAACUGCACAAGGCCUUUUGUCGUGGUGGAACUCCCCUCCCGAUCAGUGA